AUAAACACAUGAGAAAUAAAACCAAGAAACUGCUGGUUCCAACUCCUUCCAGUUUUCCUUUCAUUUCUUCAAAAACGUUUGUGUUCCCUAUUUCCAACCCAGCCUGCUCAUUCCCUGUGGAAGCCCCAGGACUCCCUGUCAACAAGGUCCCAGCCAGCUACGGAUUGCUGCAGCACCUUCUCAGCCAUCGUCUCAGCAUGAUAGGACCCCCUUCCCACCAGAACAUGUUUUGUGACACCCACAAUGCCUCUUGUUCUGGCCCCUCCUCUUGGUCCUCAGUGCCCUAGCUGCUUCUCCUCAGUCUCCAACGCUAGAUCCUCCUCAUACUGCCCCCCUCCUUCUCCAGUCUUUCUUAUUACCAUUUUUUUCAAUGGGUGUGUGUGUGUGUGUGUGUGUGUGUGUGUGUGUGAUUAUGGGUGCAUGUAGAGGCCAGAGGACAGCCUCAUGUGUCACCUGUAGGAAUAUCACCCACCUCUUUUGAGACAGGUUCUCUUGCUGGCCUGACUGGCUGGCCUGUGAACCCAGGGAUCUUCCUGUGUUGGCCUCCCCAGUCCUGGAAUUACAGGUGGUUCCAUGAAGGCCUCUCUCGACAUCAAGCAGAAAACCUACUAAUGGGCAAGGAAAUUGGGUUCUUCAUCAUCAGGGCCAGCCAGAGCUCCCCAGGAGACUUCUCCAUCUCUGUCAGGCAUGAGGAUGAUGUUCAGCACUUCAAAGUCAUGAGAGACAACAAGGGCAAUUACUUCCUCUGGACUGAGAAGUUCCCAUCCCUAAACAAGCUGGUGGACUACUACAGGACAACUUCCAUCUCCAAACAGAAGCAGAUCUUCCUUCGGGAUGGAACCAGAGAAGAUCAGAGUCACCGGGGCAACAGCCUGGACAGGAGGUUCCAGGGAGGCCCUCACCCAAGUGGAAAUGCAGGAGAAGAAACCCGACCUUUGAUGAACCGGAAGCUGUCAGACAACCCUCCUCCCCGUCCCCAACAGUACCACCAGCACCAGCAGCCAUCUCCUCAGUUUCCAACAGGGCCACAGCCACCUCCCCAGCGGUAUCUGCAGCAACACCAUUUUCACCAGGACCGCCGUGGAGGCAGCCUGGACAUAAAUGACGGACAUUGUGGCAUUGGCAGUGAGAUGAAUGCCACCCUGAUGCACCGGAGACAUACUGACCCUGUGCAACUCCAGGUGGCAGGGCGAGUGCGCUGGGCCCGGGCACUAUAUGACUUUGAGGCUCUGGAGGAGGAUGAGCUGGGAUUCCGAAGUGGAGAAAUGGUUGAAGUCCUGGACAGCUCCAACCCAUCUUGGUGGACCGGCCGUCUACACAACAAACUGGGCCUCUUCCCUGCCAACUAUGUAGCUCCCAUGACUCGAUGAGUACUGCCAGGAGGCUGGAGGCUUUUUUGUCUGAAGCUGCCUGCAAGAUAGAGACAAGGGAAAAAAGCUGAACUUUAUUACUACACAUGCAUGCAUAUGAUGUACAUGUGUGCCCGUGUGUACGCAAAACAUGUAUAUGCAUGCCUGAGUCUACACACAACAUUUUAUAAUAGUAAUUUAUUGGCAGCUGGGUUGGGUUGGUUCAUUGACUGGCAUGAGAAGGAACUCUGAAGAAUGGGGUGCUUUUCUGGCUCUUCUCUGUGUGAGAGGACUGUAGGGAGCUGAGCGGGGCAGGGAAAUGAACUUCUCCCCAUCCUUGAACUUUCACAGCUUUUCUGGCUUGGGAAUUUUCCAAAAGAUCAAGCAGCUAAGCAGAGGUCACACCCCACCCGAUGGACGCACAGGACAGGGCUGGGCUUGGCGAGGCAUGUUUAAGUAGCUCACUUGGCCCUGUCCACCUACAGGGUAGCUUCCCUCCUGUUCUCCACAGGGCAGGCACUGCACCCUGAGAGUUAAAGUGUAGCAGAUCCAGGGCCACAGGCACCAAGCAAGUCUGAGCAGGUAGAUGGCAAGGGCGUGGUCAAGAGUCUCAGCUUGGUGUGGGAGAGCCCUGCAUGCCUCAGGCCUAGGCAAUGCCCGGCUAAAACUUUUACUUUCCACCAGUGACUGGCCAUUCAGCAAUCCUCUUCUCCUGUGGCUGAGAGAGUGUUUCUAACGUGGAGAUACCACAGAGCCAAGCGCUAGAGAACACAGGGGUUUGUCACAGGCCCUUGUGGCUUGCUUGAGUAUAACCUCUGUUUUCCCAGCUGCAAAGAAAGCUGUAGCCUCGAUUUUGUGAAGUGCUUGGAGAAGCCCUGGCUGAGAAUGUGGGAUGUAUCAGCAGCCUUAUUUUGUGGUUACAAGGGUUGUCUCUGUGGAGUGCUCUUGGUAUUUGCUCCUAAUUUUCUGUGGUUAAGGGUAUUUUUGCCAGUGGACCAGAGGGAAGCCAAAAGCAUGGACUGUAGAUCAAUAAAUAAAUUGAUUGACUCUAACCCUGGACAGGAGUGUCAUGAAAAUGAGUUUCCUCUUCCAUCUGGGUGCUUGGCCUCUGCGGGCCUCCCCUCACCUAGGUGCAGGAACCCCUCUGCCACUGUCCCUUUUUUUCACCUCAAACUAGAAUUUUGUGUCCAGGUGCUCACCCUGGGGAAUAAAGCACAGAGAAGGCUGGCUGGGGUGGGGGUGGGGCGCUGGAGAGGAAGCUCGGUGCCUCUGUGGAGCCUGGGAGCAAACAUGUCACAACAUUACAAGGGUGUCAAUGUAGUCACAUGUACAUGUGUUCUGACACAGGAAAAAGAAGUUCUGGGGUGAAAUUGAUGGUGAGGGUAUGUGUCCUGGGCCCUGUCCCCUGCUUUAGGGCGGGACUGGGGGCAUCUGUUACUGAAGGCAAUAAAUGAACAGUCUGACUCACAAGA